UCAAAAUAAUCAUUCUCCAUUUCUCUUUCUAUACUAUAUGCAAACAUUUAUUGCUUAUGUACAUGUAUAUAGAUAUAUAUGCAUGCAAUAGAGUCCUGUUUGUUUCUCCAAGCUUCUUAGUUAAUAUAAAUUUUUUAUUUCGAAUCUCAUUUUUAGAAUUACAUUAAAAAAAAAUAUAAAUAUUUAAAAUAAAUAAAAGUUACAAGACAAUGGAUCGUGAAUUAAUAGAAAAAUUUAUUGAAGUCACUGGAGAAUCUGAAGAAACUGCUGUUCAAUAUCUCACAAUCGCUGACGGUAAUGUUGAGCAAGCGAUCACGCUGAUGUUUGAAGGUGGACCUGUACCAGCACAAAGAAUUGCUCCUGACGAAGAACCAGAAGUUCGUCCCCCUAUUUCACCAACUCAAGAAGUUUUAGUCCCCGAUGAUUCUAUUUAUGUUCUUCCUCGAGCUUCCAAGAGUGUCUUUGACAGGUUCAGAGAUUUCUCCGUUGAAAUACGUAGACAAGAGGAAGAAAUGACAAGACAAGUAAGUGGUGAAAAAAUACCCUCUCAUUGUAAAACAAAACGUCUUGAAGAUCUAUUUCGUCCACCAUACGAUAUAUUGUUUUUGGGAACAUUUGUUGAGGCUCGUGAAUACGCAAAGUCAAAAAAUCGUUGGCUUCUAGUUAAUGUACAAAACCCACAAGAAUUUGCAUGUCAAAUGCUUAAUAGAGACGUUUGGUCUGACAAACAAAUAAAAGAAAUAAUUAAAGAUCAUUUCGUUUUAUGGCAGGUAUUGUCAGAUACUGCCGAUGGACGAAGAUACAUUGACUUUUACAAUGUGCUUGACUAUCCUUAUCUAGCAGUUGUUGAUCCAAGAACGGGGGAAUGUAUGCGCUCAUACAAUACAAUAUCAAUGGACCAUCUUCUAACUGGGUUGAAUGACGUGCUGAGCUCUCAACCAUCACCAGACUGUAGCUCAGACUCACCCGACGUCGAAGCCUCACAUUGCGAGCCAACAUCAUCAGCAAAACGUGGUGGUCAUUUUAAUAAUUCUAAAGAUUCCGGUAGGAGAAUUAAAAAAUCGCGUGUCUCUAUUGAUCCAACAACUUCAGUUGGUUUUAAAAGUCUGAAUGGAGAGCCAUCGGUCAGUACAAGUACCGGAAGUAGCGCCGUGAUUCGCGGAAAGAGAAGUCGUAUGGAGAUUGAUAACGCUGAUGGUGAUCCUGCUGAUGAAGCUGCUAUGCCUACAAAAGAAGACUCGGUGGCUAAAACUUCUAACAGUACACCGUCGGUGUCAAAUGACAUCAGUAAACCGUCAACUUCGAGUUACAAUAGUAAACCAUCUACUUCAACUUAUAAUAGUAAACCUUCUACGUCUAGUUACAAUAAUACACCAUCGACUUCAACAAACAACAGUAUACAGUCUAUUUCAAGUAAAAAUGAUAUGGCUAAUGGUGAAUUGUCAUUACGAUUGUGUUUGCGACUACCUGGUGGUGAACCAGAAACAAUUUCGAUGCGUGCUACCGACACUAUUGAGUGCUUUAUAAAACGCAUUGAAGACAUGGGAUACUCACGAACAGAGCACACAUACUUAAUUCCAUUCCCAAAAACAAAUGUAGGUGCACUGCCAACGGAUUCACAAUUGCGUGAUACUGUUUUGUAUCCAUCAAGCACAGUAUUCAUUACAAAAGUCUAAAAAAAACUCACUUUUUUUAUUUCUUUUAUUUCAUUGCAUAAAAUCAUUUUAUUCAUAAAAAAACACUGCCAUUUUAUAAAUUUUUUAAAUAUUAGUGAGAGGGUAAUAAAAUUCCAACUCAUUUUUUUUUUUUAAGUUAAUUUAUUGGUAAAUUAUAAUUAUUAAAUAUAUACAAAUUAUUCACUGCCAAUUACUGAGAUGUUUAUAUUUUUUCUCAGUAGUAGUUAGUUAGUUUUUUUUUUUUAUUUGUAAUUACAAUGGCUAAAAUUUUGUCUUCCUCUAAAUAUUCCCGGCAGAUCUGAAUUACGGUAUUUUACAGUAAAUUGCGGUAUUUUACCAUCCAAUUGCGGGAUUGAACCAUAAAAGUAAAGUGAAAUGGCGGUAUUUCAUUUUCAAAAUGCGGAUUUACUGCAAAAUUACGGCAUUUCAUCUCUAACUAAAGUAUUGUACUUGAGUUACGGUAAAAAUUUCAUACUUUAUAUGUCUUAGAAUAUGACUCUACUUUAAUUAUCCUUUAUCAGAUAUACAGUUCACGGUCAUUUACAGGAAAUUACUGUGGCAUGCGGUAAAGUCGCCGUAUAAAAACGGUAUUUUGCGGCAAAGUUCGCGAAUUUACGGUAAAACCAGAGUUUGUCAUAAUUCGGGUUUGCGUAAAGUGAAGUAUUGUACCGGAGUUACGGUAAAAAUGCUACAAUUUACAGUAAAUUACCGCAUAUUACUGUAACUUGAUUAAAUUACCGCCAAGUGCGGCAAAUUUGACGUAUUAAUCACCGUAUUUUCUGGAAAAAUACGGUGAUUAAGAGUCAAUACCGUAAUUUACCGUACUUCAGAUCCACUAGAAAUAUUUAACCCCAUUCUCAUAAUUUUUAAAUACAUCACAUCCAUUAUUAUUAUCAUUUGUUUAUCUUUUUAUAUAAAAGUAUUAAAUAAUCUGAUUGAACAUAAUUUUUGAUAUUAACGUUUAGUUUGAUAUAAAAAGUAAAAUCUAUGUAAUAAAUAAAUAUAAAAGCUUAGCUGUCUGUAAACCGACAAAAAUAAAAUUUUAUUGAUUGAUACAGAAGACAAUUGAUGUAAUAAACAUAAUCUCAAAUGUAUAAUUAUAAAUAAACUAUUUAAAAAUAUAA